GGGUCCGAGCACAAGCCAGUCGUUAGCGUGCGCUGCUUUCGUCCAUUUAACAUGGUCAUGUCACUGACGGUCGCGGGUUCAUUCUCACAAAUCGAGUUUUGGCACACUAGAAUCAAUUAUCUUUACUACAGUUAUAUUUUAUUGUGCGAUGUGAAUGCACGUUGUUUGGUCUACAAAAAAUGUUACGGUGGUACAAGCUAGCUGCUAGCAUGCUAGGCUAAGAAAAGCAAAUGUGCGUCCCCUAAAAUGUUCCGUGUGGAAGCACACGUUUUUGCGGUCUUUCACGCGGAAUGAAAGUCUCAAACUGACACAAAAUGAGGGGCAGGGGGGAACAAUGACAAACUUUUAAUUGAAUACAUAAUACACAUUUUAGCAUGUCGUUCCGGGAAUCGGCAGAAGCUCAAGUGGCAGAGCUCGAGUUGCUGUCCAGCAUGUUCCCCACGCACGAAGAACUGGACAUCGUAGAUCAGCUUGCCCUGGCCGAGCUCCGAGACUACGCCGAGGCCGAGGGUGCGCCGUCGGCUUCCAACGAGAGCCCACCGGCGCCACCUCCCUCCUCCAGACCCCAUUUCGUCAUCAAGCAGAGGCUGAAAGAUGACGCAGGAGUCGCUGAGGGGGUGGAGUUCAGUCUCUCCUGCACGUAUCCACCCGAGUAUCCCAGUGUGGUCCCAGAGAUAACAGUUCGGUGUCGUGGACUGAGCCGUGCCCAGCAGACGCAGCUCCACGCCGGACUCAACGCGCACCUCGCCGACGCAUGCCUGGGAGAAGUGUGCGUGCUGUCGGCGGUGGAAUGGCUGACGGACAACUUGCGCGCGUAUGUGGACAAAAGCUCUUCGGCGCCUCCUCCUCCCGAGACGGACGCUGCCUCGCCACGGCGGCGGCGGCAGGCGUUCAGUCGCCUGUGGAUCUACAGCCACCACAUCUACAACAGCACCAAGAGGAAGAACAUCUUGGAGUGGGCCAAGGAGCUCGGACUGUCGGGAUUCAGCAUGCCCGGGAAGCCCGGGAUUGUUUGUGCGGAAGGUGCACAGGAGGCCUGCGAGGAGUUCUGGUCCAGACUGAAGGCUCUGACGUGGAAGCGGAUCACGAUUCGCCACCGAGAAGACGUCUCCCCGCACGACGUGCCGAGCGGCCAAAGCGUCGACUCCCUGCGCAAGUUCUCUGGCUUCGAGGAGGCGGCGUUCGACCCGCGCGGGAACCACAUGGACCUGGGCCUGCUCUACCAGUUCUUGCGGGAAAAGGGCUGUCACGACGUCUUCCAGAUGUACUUCGGUGUGGAAGGGAGGCGAUAGUCGACCGGGCGGCUGUUUCCACACACGCCGCCUUGUUCAUUUGCAAAGUAUUGAUUGGAUGGAGAGCACAGCUUUAUCACACUGACAACGCAGAGGAAUUGGACCACACAGUUACCAGAAUUUGAAAUCCCGGAAUACGGUUUGUCAUUUAGUCACCACACUUGCAGUCUUACCUCACAGCGAAUGUUUCUCCUGAGUUUUGUGGAAAAAUGGUCCGGGGGGGUUCCUAGUUGCACUUUUAACACAUUCACUGCCAUUGACGGCUUUAGAAGUCAAAUAUCCAUGUUAACUGGGAAGGCUGGGAGUGAAUGAGUUUUAAUAGUCGCGCAGGCCCCGCGGAAGCAGCUCGAUUCACAAAUGGUGCUAUGGAGACUGUAUUGAUUUGAUCUUAAGAAUUAUAGAUAAGAAACUCUAAUUUUCUUUUCACGAUAAGGUAGAUCAAUCAGGGACCACACUCCAAUUAAAAGUUGUGAUUCAA